AUGGCAGUUGGCGGCGGGCGGGAUAGCCCCAAUUCCUACCCUCACAACAACUCUUCUAUUCGGCAGCAGCAGCAGCAGCAGCAAUACUGCGGUCAGCAGCAGCAGCAGCAGCAGCAGCUGAGGCAGCAGCGACUGCUGCAGCAGCAGCAGCUGCCGCAGCAGCAGCAGCAGCAAUACUGCGGUCAGCAGCAGCAGCAGCAGCAGCAGCUGAGGCAGCAGCGACUGUCGAAUCACCAUGCAGAGCAGCAGCACAACCAGCAGCAGCAGGAACCCUUGAACCACCUGCUGCUGCCGCCGCCGCCGCUACCGCAGCAGCAGCAGCUGCUGCAGCAGCAGAUGCUGCAGCAGCAGCAGCAGCAGCGCCAACGCCAACGGAGGUCCCGGCGGCCGAAGCAGCAUCAGCAGCAGCCGCAGCAGCAGCAGCCGCAGCAGCCGCAGCAGCCGCAGCAGCAGGAGAAUUACGAGCCACUGCUGCAGCAGCAGCAGCAGCAACUGCAGCAGCAACGGCAGCAGAAUAUGCAACCGGCGAGGAGACAACUGCUACGGGAUCAGCAGCAGCAGCAGCAGCGUUUUCAGCAGCAGCAGCAGAGGCAGCAGCAGCAGUACUGGCAGCAGCAGCAAUAUAUAGAACAGCUGCAUCAGCAGCAGUUGCAGCAGCAGCAGCAGCAGCAGCAGCAGCAGAACCUAUCCCCAGAGCUGAGAGACCAGGUGGAGAGGCACGGCCGCCCGGGCUGUCUGUGGGGGCGGCUGAAUGUAAACCGGAAAUUUCCGGAUGACGCCUUCGUUGCAACCAGAGACGGACUGCCGGAUAUCAUCAUCAAGGGUUUGCUGCUGCUGCUGCUGCUGCUGCUGCUGCUGCUGCUGCUGCUGCUGCUGCUGUAG